AUGGAGAAGCUCAAAGGGUUUGAUUUUUGGAGGAAAACCCUUAAAGAAGCAUGCUUCGUGGUGGCACCCAUGGUGGACCAGAGCGAACUGGCAUGGCGCCUGCUUAGCCGUCGCCACGGCGCUCACCUCUGUUACACGCCCAUGUUACACGCGCAAGUGUUUGUUCGGGAUGCUAAUUACAGGAGAGAAAACCUCUAUAAUGAGGUUUGUGAGGAGGAUCGGCCAUUAAUAACUCAGUUUUGUGCAAAUGAUCCUGAGGUCUUUAUUCAGGCAGCUCUUUUGGCCCAGAACUACUGUGAUGCCAUUGACCUUAACCUGGGUUGUCCUCAGAUGAUCGCUAAAAGAGGACACUACGGAGCUUUCCUGCAAGAUGAAUGGGAGCUGUUAGAAAAAAUGGUCACGUUAGCAAAUGAAAAGCUGUCUGUGCCUAUCACAUGUAAGAUCCGGGUUUUUGAAGACAUUGAGAAGACGGUCCGCUAUGCCCAGAUGCUGGAAAAAGCUGGAUGCCAGCUUCUAACAGUGCACGGCAGAACCAAAGACCAGAAAGGAGCGAUGACUGGAAUUGCUAGUUGGGAGCAUGUGAGAGCAGUUCGGAAGGCGGUAAAUAUUCCUGUGUUUGCUAAUGGCAACAUUCAACAUCUGAGUGAUGUGCAGCGCUGCAUCAAAGAAACAGGAGUGCAAGGGGUGAUGAGUGCAGAAGGUAACCUUCAUAAUCCAGCGCUAUUUGAAGGACUCAGCCCACCAGUUUGGGAGAUGGCUGAAGAGUAUUUUGAGGUGGUGAAGAAGCAUCCCCCAUGCAACCUGUCCUAUGUACGAGCCCAUCUCUUCAAGCUGUGGCAUCACACGCUUCAGAUCCACCAAGACCUGAGGGAAGAGUUGGCUAAGGUGAAAACCCUUGAGAGUUUGGUAAAUGUUAGUAACCAGCUGAGGAUUCGAUGCCAGGAGGAGAUUGCCAGUGGAAAUGAUACGAAUAAGGAGAGCAGCCUGCCCUUCCCUCACUGGAUCUGCCAACCAUAUGUCAGACCACCGCCAAAAGAUCUGUCCGGUAAAGGGAACAUACAGGAUUCGCAAGAAAAGACGAAAGGGUGCCAAAAGAGAGCACUAGAAGACACAACUAUGUCAACCCAAAUACUCUCAAAAAAUAAACAGAAGAAAAGGUCCCGCAAUCCCAACAAGAACUUUUGCCCUGAUCAGAAACCCAAGUACAUCAAAUGUGAACAGUGUGGCAACCCAAAGGGAAACAAGUGUGUCUUCAACCUUUGUCGAGGCUGUUGUAAGAAGAAGUCCUACAAGGAGGUGGCAAACUGUUUAAGCCAUGGACUCAAAUUCAAGAGCAAAGCUGAUGCAAUUAAAGCUCAAGAAGACCAGAGAGAUCCAAAAAUUGAAAUGGAGAAAAACUGCAGCUCUCCACAGUCCCUUCAACACCAACCCACAAAGCUUCAUACAGAGGAUAUGGCAUAG